ACACACUAUACCGACCUAUAAAUAAUCACGCAGACACGUGAACAAAGCCUCUUUCAAACUCCACGGCGCAGAUCCGAGGAGUUUGGGAUUUCUGAUAUCUCACUACAUACUUCAACUUCAUACAAUCUCUCCACUUUUCUUUCUAGCUAUCAAUCACUCGCUUACUACCAGUCAUGGCAGGUCUGGCACCAGAAGGAUCACAAUAUGAUGCUAAGCAAUAUGAUGCCAAAAUGAAUGAUCUGCUUGCAAAUGAUGGGCAAGAUUUCUUCACAAUGUAUGAGGAGGUUUUUGAAACCUUUGAUUCGAUGGGAUUGCAAGAGAACCUUCUGAGGGGCAUCUAUGCCUAUGGUUUUGAGAAGCCAUCUGCAAUCCAGCAAAGAGGAAUUGUUCCAUUUUGUAAAGGCCUUGAUGUGAUUCAGCAGGCACAAUCUGGAACUGGGAAAACAGCAACUUUCUGUUCUGGCAUUCUCCAGCAACUUGAUUAUGGUCUGGUGCAAUGUCAAGCAUUGGUCCUGGCUCCCACCAGGGAACUAGCACAACAGAUUGAAAAGGUUAUGCGAGCACUUGGUGAUUAUCUUGGUGUCAAAGUUCAUGCAUGUGUUGGUGGCACAAGUGUUCGUGAGGACCAACGCAUUCUUCAAGCUGGUGUUCAUGUUGUUGUUGGCACUCCUGGUCGAGUGUUUGACAUGUUGAGAAGGCAGUCACUUCGUCAAGAUUACAUUAAAAUGUUUGUCUUGGAUGAGGCUGAUGAAAUGCUUUCACGUGGUUUUAAGGAUCAGAUCUAUGAUAUUUUCCAGUUGCUGCCAUCAAAAGUUCAAGUUGGUGUGUUCUCCGCUACCAUGCCACCUGAAGCUCUUGAGAUCACAAGGAAGUUCAUGAACAAGCCUGUGAGGAUCUUGGUUAAGCGUGAUGAGCUUACUCUUGAAGGUAUCAAGCAAUUUUAUGUUAAUGUCGAUAAGGAGGAGUGGAAGCUCGAAACACUAUGUGAUCUAUAUGAGACCCUAGCCAUCACUCAGAGUGUCAUUUUUGUUAACACCCGGCGCAAGGUUGACUGGCUGACAGACAAGAUGCGAAGUCGUGAUCACACAGUCUCGGCUACUCAUGGAGAUAUGGACCAGAACACUCGUGAUAUCAUUAUGCGAGAAUUCAGGUCCGGCUCUUCUCGUGUUCUCAUCACAACCGAUCUCUUAGCUCGUGGUAUUGAUGUUCAGCAAGUUUCCCUUGUCAUAAAUUAUGAUCUGCCGACUCAACCUGAAAACUAUCUUCACCGUAUUGGACGAAGUGGACGGUUUGGAAGAAAGGGUGUUGCUAUUAACUUUGUGACAAGUGAUGAUGACAGAAUGCUGUUUGAUAUCCAGAAGUUCUACAAUGUGGUCGUCGAGGAGCUGCCAUCGAAUGUGGCCGAUCUCCUUUGAUGAGAUUUUUUUGUGAUGGUCGAGGAAAAUGGUAUCUUAUUUUGCUUGUACUAUUUGACGUAUUGAUUUCUUUUCAUUGCUGUUUAGGGUCGUUAAAGUUUAUGUUCAGAGACAUCUCUGACAGUUUAAUCUCACGUGGGUCCUCCAUUAUUACAGGUUCCACUUGUUAUGAAAGGAUUGUCAGGUCGACUUGUUAUUUUAAAGCCUUGUUUGCAUGUUGUGUU